CCGCCGGUCCAGUAAGUGGCGCUGUGGCUCUUCGCUCUGAAGACAGAGACCGAGAGACGGAAGUGAAGCAACAGGCUGGGCCGGCGCUGUUCUUCCCUCGGCCACUGGUUCUUGCGUUCCGGCAUGCCCUCUCCUUACUCCUCCCGGUUGCUAAGCGGCGGCUGAAUUGAAAACGAGUCGGAGGCGCGAAAGAGCUUCGGGCCGGCGGGACUGGAAGAGAGUGACCUGUCUUCUGGCGUGGCUCUUGGCGUCCGAUAUAGGAAGUCAGCUUCCGACGUUACCAGCCGUGCUUUCUUCUGGAACGAAUAAGCCGUGAGCCAGCCAGUCUUGGCUCGGUAGCUGCUGACCCGAAUGAAAAUGGGCCCUAAGUCUGACCAGCUCCUCAUUGUGGUCUCUAUCUUGGAAGGGCGUUAUUUUCCAAAACGUCCAAAGCGUCUGCUGGUGGUAGAAGCAAAGUUUGAUGGCGAACAUUUGGCUACAGAUCCUGUGGAACAUACUGAUCAACCAGAAUUUGCCACAGAGUUAGCUUGGGAACUUGAUAGGAAAGCACUUCACCAACACAGAUUACAGCGUACACCUGUCAAGUUGCAGUGCUUUGCUUUGGAUUCUCUAUCUGCAGUUAAAGAGACAAUAGGUUAUAUUGUGCUAGAUUUAAGAACUGCUCAAGAGAAAAAGCAGCCACCAAAAUGGUAUCCUUUACUCAGCAAUAGAUACACAAAAUUUAAGCCUGAAUUGCAACUAAAUCUGAUGUUAGAAACUGACACCAAGGCAUCCAUCAAUGGUUUUAAAGCAAGGGAAGCACCUCCCAGAGAAAUGGCAGUAUCUUUUCAGUUUCCUGGAUUGGACCCCAAAAGUCUUGUACCUGUGCUGAAUGAAGAGGAAGGAUACCAUCAAAUUGGACCAGCAGAAUAUUGCCGUGACUAUUUUGUUUUAUCAGUUACUAUUGCAUUUGCUACACAAUUAGAACAGUUAAUACCUACCACAGUGAAAAUUCCAGAACGACAGCCUGAAUUCUUCUUUUACUAUUCACUCCUUGGUAAUGAUGUUACCAAUGAACCAUUUACUGACCUGAUGAAUCCAAACUUUGAACCAGAAAGAGCAUCUGUUAGAAUACGCAGCAGCAUUGAAGUUCUAAGAGCUUACUUUUUUGCUCACUCAAAGUUGCAGAUUCAUCUCUGUUGUGGGGACCAAUCUCUUGGAAGCACUGAAAUUCUUUUAACUAGCUUAUUAAAGAAAGGAAGUACCGAAAUUUGUCAGCAUCCAGUAGCUAUAGAAGGAGCAUUUAUUCUUGUUCCACCUAAUAGAGCUCGGCAGAAACUGCCACCCUUGCCUUUGGAUAUGGCACCUACUGUUGGGGUAUCGGUAUCACUUCAGAAGGAUGGCAGAGUUUGUCAGCCUAUAAUCCAAUCAGCUGCAAAGGCUGAGACUGAAAAUGUGAAAAAAGGUUUGUCCCCAACACAUGAUAAAGAAGUGAGACCUGAAAAUGGCUCCCAAGGUAUCUUACCUCAGACACAACAUUCUCCCCCCAUAAAAGAGGAUGCUACAGAAAGUGAAGUAGAAAGUAUUCAGUAUGACAAAAAUCCAAAAUUACAGAAAACAGCUUUGAAAAGUAAACUGCCUGCUUCUCAGACUCAACAUCCCAGUACUUCUGAAUCCAAUACAGGACAAAAAAUUGCUGUUCCUGCAUCAUCCCAUCAUUUUUGUUUUUCGGUAGAUUUAAGAGCUGUCCAUAAUCUGGAUGCUGGAUUUCCUGUUAAUUGUAUGUUAAGGUAUUCAUAUCCAUUUUUUGGCAGUGCUGCACUCAUUAUGACAAAUCCUCCUGUGGAAGUAAGAAAAAACAUGGAAGUAUUUCUUCCACAAUCUUACUGUGCAUUUGAUUUUGCAACUAUGCCCCAUCAGCUUCAAGAUACCUUUUGCAGGUUACCACUGCUGGUGGAACUGUGGCAUAAAGAUAAAACAACUAAAGACUUGCUUCUAGGUGUUGCAAGACUCCAGCUUUCAAAGAUUUUGGCCAUGGAAAAAACACGUUUUCUAGGAGGAAAUGGCGAGCAGUGUUGGCGUCAGACCUUCAGUGAAACUAUUCCUUUUACAGCCGCACAGGGGCCAAGCAACAAGAUUGCAGAUCUUUCAUAUAUAGUGACUCUAGAAGACUAUGGACUUGUGAAAAUGCAUGAAGUUCUGGUGUCUGAUUCUUCUCGGUGUUUAGGUGCUGAUGAGCUACUAGGAGUUCCUAAAGUACAGCCUGAAGUCCAUACUGAACCAAGAGAAACACUGGAAUAUAAAGCAGCACUUGAACUAGAAAUGUGGAAGGAACUACAAGAAGAUCUUUUUGAGAAUCAGCUGAAGAAGAAGGAGUUGGCUCAUAUGCAGGCCCUGGCAGAAGAGUGGAAAAAAAGGGAUAGAGAAAGAGAAGCUUUGGUAAAGAAAAAAGUUGCAGAGUAUACAGUUUUGGAAGAAAAACUUCAAAAAACUUUAACUGACUUAGAAAAACGUGAAAAACAGCUUGUCAAUGCUGAAACUGAGCUCCAGCGGUUAAAGAAGGAGCUCCAAGCAGAACAUGAACGAAAUCAGCAGGAAGUUCAAGAUACAAUACGGCGAGUCAAACAAGAAUGUGCACACCAGAUUGAGUUGGAAAGGGUGAGAAUUAGGCAAUUUGAGGAGGACAAGAUCCGUGCACAAGAACAACUAUACCAGGCAGAAAACAAGCAUAAGGCUCUGGAGAAAGAAUUUCAGCAGUAUAAGGAGCAACAAAGUAACAGACCGGAAAUCCGAAUGCAAUCAGAAAUAGGCAUUCUAACUUUAGAGAAGGGGGAUCUUGAAAGAAAGUUGGAAUCGGCUACUAAAGCAAAACUACAUUACAAGCAACAGUGGGCACGAGCUUUGAAGGAACUAGCAAGGCUAAAACAGCGUGAGCAAGAGAAUGCUAUGGCCCGUCUUAAAAAGCAGCAACAAGAACUUGAACACAUGAGACUUCGGUACCUUGCAGCAGAAGAGAAAGAAUUAGGGAAGACACAGCGGCAAGAGCUAGAGGAUAUCAGAAAUGAGCUGAACAGAUUGAAACAAGAAGAAGACAAGAAAAAGUCACAAGAUGCCCAAGAGUUAUUGGGAGUCCAACUGCAAAAUUCUCACACUGGGAAAGGAGAUGAGGCUUUGGAUGACUACCUUGCACGUCUAAUAGAGGAGAGGGAUACCUUGUUGAGAACAGGUGUAUAUAAUCAUGAAGAUCACAUCGUAAGUGAGCUUGAUCGUCAAAUCAGUGAAGUGCUUGCAAAAAGAAAUAGAAGCAAGUAGCAGGAUUCAAGAGAAUUAGUCAUUUUUUUUUUUACUUCCAAGAUUCAGGUUUUAACAAAUGGUAGAUUGAAUCAGAUUUUUGAAGGAUUUGUGUAUAUACUCCUGUCUCCCAAGACUUAUUGCUAAACUAGAAUAUCACUAUACUACUUCUAAGAAAUGGGAAGAACAUUGACUACUUCAAUUAUUUUAUUACUUUUUUACCUAUUUAUUUUUGUCAAUUGGUCAGUAUUGCAAAAGCUUUCAUUUACACAGUGGAAAUAUUUCUUGUCAGAAUUUAUUGCUUGCUUAUUUUAUUACAUGCCUGCGUUUUUAAAGAAAUUUCAAUAAAACUGCAUUUAGGAAAAUGUCCUACAAUAAUUUGUAGUAACUUUUAAGCAAAAUUGAGAUUACAUGUCUACUUUUCCUUAUAUGAUAGAUUUUCCUUUAAAGAAACUACUUUACUUAUUCAGAUGAUGAAUUGUUUAACAAUAAGUUGUACAAAUAGGCUCUUAUUUAGGUUGAAUAGCACAGUUCUUACUGACAAGUAGCUGAAUCCUAAGCAAGUUAUGUUAAACUCACAAUUCAUUUAAGAUCCAUCAAGCAAUGGCACCUGGUUUAACUGGGCCAAUUUGUAGUGAAAGAAAUGGUGGAAGAGUAUUUGGAAAAUUUGGUAGCAGAUAGCCAUGCUUUUAAGUGCAUUCCUCUGAUCUGUAAAAGGAGAUGGCUUACUUAAUAUUACAUCCAGUUUAUAACCACUUUGCAUAUCAAAUAGUUGUCAGGAUAGAUUAAUGUUUUCCUUACAUCAAUAUUAUUGUCAUCCAUAUAUUAAAAUUUAUACAGAAUUAAGUGAGGGGUGAUCUGUAUAUCUGGAAGCUAUUGCCUAUAUCAGUUGUCCAAUCUAACACUAAGCAAGCACACAGUUGUUUAGAUAUUACUAGGCCUGCAUCUUGCUACACAGUGAUUUUACAUGUUCAAGACAGAUUUUGCGAUAUAAAUAAUCCAGCAUAUCAGGCUAUGGCUCUGUGCUUAAAAUUAGAAAAUAAAAUGUUUAAUUCAACAGUGUAAUUAUCCAUCUAUUGGAUUUAAUUAUUUAAUUAAAUUUAAUUAUUAAAUAUCCAUCUCUUUAAAGGAUAUUUUAAAAGAUGUUAGUAACUUGGGCUAUACUCAAAUAAUUUAUCUCCUAUGUGAUAUGUAAUAGACACACAAACACAUGCAUUCUAAUCCUAAUUCUCACUUUAUCGUGAUUACCGGGUUUUAUUUAUAUUGUUUUAUUGAUUUUCCUGCUUGAUCAUUGUGAGAGGCCCAAAGUCAUUGAAAGUUGAGCAACAUACAAAUUUAAUAAUAUUAUAUUCACCACCAAAUAAAAAGUAACAAUGGAA